AUGGGUCCGGACAAUAUCAGCGGAAAGCUUCUGCGAAAUUGUGCAAGGGAACUUGCAACCCCCUUUCGUUUGCUAUUUCAAACUUCGCUCGACAGGAAAGUUGUUCCUGUUUGCUGGAAGACAUCCACCAUCAUUCCAGUGGCUAAGAAGUCCCGUCCAUCUGAGCUUAAUGAUUACCGGCCUGUGGCACUUACACCAAUCGCAAUGAAGUGCUUUGAGCGUAUCAUAUUAAAGAGUCUUCUUCAGCCAAUCAGAGAGCUGAUUGAUCCUCAUCAGUAUGCAUACCAACAAAACAAAUCUGUUCAAGACGCUACCCUUUAUCUAACACAUCUGCUAUACAAGCACACAGAAGAGACGAAAUCGUACGUACGAGCAUUGUUCGUGGACUUCUCUUCUGCGUUCAAUACCAUCCGCCCUCAUGUGCUUGUUGAGAAGUUGAAGCGUCUUGAAGUAAGACCAUCGCUCAUACUUUGGAUCGUGGACUUCUUGCAGAACCGAACGCAGCAAGUACGGGUGCAGAACAAUGAGUGA